UUUUCACUUCACAUCAACAGCCGCCAUUUUACUAAUUCGCGACUUAACUAAAAAAGAUUUUCGGAGGAUAUUUCUUAGGUAAAUUUAUCUAAAUAAUUAUCCAAAAUCAUUGAAAAAGUUACGCGAAUUGUGAAUUUAGCAUAUUUUAAUUUGAAAAAAAGUGGUAAUUUUUGUGAUUUGAACAAAUUUAGUGCGGAUUAUUGCAAAGUGUUUUUCUCUCGUCUUUCGCGUACAUAGUAGCAUACAUAUAUCUCUCACAAUAAAAAAUUUUUUUUCCUUCGUUCAUCAUUAUACAUAUGUGUACAUUCGAAGCAAGCAACUCUCGUCAAAAAAUAAUGUGUAUAUGAAUGUACCGCAGCAAUAUUUGAGACUCUAUACAUAUACUUAUAAAAAAAAAGUUUUUUUUCGAAACAUUAAAAAAAGUGGAAAUAAAAUGGCUUGAGACGAGAAACGAGAGAGAAAAAAACGAAAAUUAUUUCACAAAUUUUGGAACUCAUUAAAAAAUCAGAAAUAAAAUUCAUCGUCAGUUCUCCGUUGCGCUUGUGUUAUAUCCAUUGUAUGUUAUGUGCGGAGAGAGUGAAUAUUACUCGUUUUUUUGUAUUUCUUAUAAAUGGUCGACGGCUAUCACACAAACUAAAAAGCUAAUUUAAAAAAAAACAUCAGAAAAUGAAUUUUAUUCUUUAUUCGUUUUUCAUAAUUUUUUGUUUUCAACAAACACAGAAAAUUUUAUUAUCAAAUUGAGUGUUAAAAGCUUUUGGUGUGGAAACAUGCAAAAUCAGCGGUACAUAAAAUUAUUAACAUAAAUCGGAACUUUAAUAAAUAGUGACAAUGGAUGAUCAACCUCCAACGAAACGAGUUAAACUUCGAAAUGAGCCCCUGGACGCACAGGAUUCUGAUGUGUCAAGUCUUGUAUUCAAUUUAGAGGAUAAUUUGCCAGAUGAAUUGGUAUCCAGUGGAAAUAAUUGGGCGGAUAGUAUUGGCGGCAAUAAGCCAAGCGGUCCGCCCGGAAACAACCAACAGAUGAAUGGCGAAGAUCCGACGGGAGUUCCAAAUGUAUCUUGGAAUCAACACCAACGACCAGGCCAUGCACAACAAUUACAUCAUAUAAUACAACAGCAACAACAACAGGGCAAUAAAAAUCAAAUGCAUGGCAAUGUAAAUCAAUUGAGCAUGGGAUUAAUAGGCAAUAAAAGCCCAAAUUUACAAUCGCCACCAAAUGCGCUUAGCAUGAACUCGAUGCCAAUGUCAAUAGCAAAUAAUGGCACACCUCCAAUGAGUACAAUGCAAGUGAUGCGUGGUGGUGCCGGUGGCCAAGGUACCGGCGUUGGUGGUGGCGGAGGUGGCAUGAUUAUGACAAAUAGUAACAUGGGCUCAAUGGGCAAUGUUGGUGGUAUGGGAGGCGGCGGUUUAGUUAACAGUUUAAAACAAUCAAUGACAUCGGGUGGCAAUAUGCUUAUAAACCCGAACGCUAUGCAACCAAAUAAUCAACAAGGCAUUCAUCAUUCAAUUCAUCAAAAUUCCAUGCAAAAUGGUCCAAUGGGUGCAGCAGGCAUUCGUCUGAAUAUGCAACAACAGCAUAUGGCGAGUAUGCAACGGAUGCCCAAUCAGAUGCUAAUGAACAACCCAAGAAUGGUUCUCAAUCAACCACAACAGCAGCAACAACAAACAUCAAUGAAUGUUGGAGGCGGAGGUCCUGGCGGUAAUAUGAUAGCAAUGAACAUGCAAUUGUAUGGACAACAACCGCAACAACAAGUACAACCCAAUCAACAACCAAUGAUCAACACUAUGGGGGGACCAACACGAAUGCUCUUGCCAGGAAAUCGAAUGUCUGUACCACAACCGAAUAUGAUGAAUGCUGUAAUGCAACAACAACAACAACAACAACAACAACAACAGCAACAACAACAACAACAAUCUCAACAGCAGCAAUCACUGCAACAGCCACAGCAACAAAAUCAACAAGUUAUGAUGAAUGAUGAUCCACAGCAAAUGAUGGGUAAUGCACAACCGCAACAAUCACAAGGUACUGGAGUACCAAGUGGACAGCAACGACCACAACCGCAGCAGCAACAGAAUCAAAAUAUGCCCGGACAGUUGCAAACCGAUCCAGAGAAGCGUAAACUUAUUCAACAACAAUUGGUGUUAUUGUUACAUGCGCACAAAUGUCAAAAGCGUGAAAAUGACAAUCCAAAUGGUCAAGAUGCAAGCAAAUGCAUGUUACCACAUUGUAAAACAAUGAAAGAGGUUUUAAAUCACAUGACUAACUGUAAAACAAACAAAGAUUGUUCGGUGCCACAUUGCUCCUCGUCACGUCAAAUAAUUAGUCAUUGGAAAAAUUGUAAUCGAUCUGACUGUCCGGUAUGUUUACCGCUAAAACAGGCGAAUAAAGCAAACAAUAGCAAUCCUCAAGUUGGUGGUAACGCGACAAAUCCAUCGACAAUGAACGUACAGUCAAACGUGAAUGCAACAUCAAAUGCACCAUCUAGUAUUCCGAAUAUAAAUACUCCAAAUCAACCAAAUCAAGGCAGUCAACCGGGCGAAGGUUUAAAUAUUCCGUUGACCGUAAAUGAUCGACGAAAUUACGAUUCGAUGAAUAUGAAUCAAUCGGGUAAUGCACCGAAUACAAUGUCAGCGAAUGCACAAGGAAUGCAACAAAUGGGAGGAGGUGGAGCCACUGGCGGUGGCACACAAAUGCCAACAACACAAAAUAUAAUGCCAGGAAUGCGCAAUCCAAAUAAUUCACUUCGAAUGUCUGGACCGCCAAACAAUAUGAAUGCCGGCAAUACAAUGAACAACGCAAACAUGAAUAGCGUUAAUAUUGGCAACGCAAACAUGGGCAACGCCAACAUGAACAAUCCGAAUAUGAACCAAGUGGUACGAGUUCUUGUUCCGCCAAAUCAACAGCAACAACAGCAGAAUUCAAAUCAAAUUAUACCAAAUCCGAUGCUCUUGAGCCCUGAAAUGAGCGGAGUAAGCGGUGGUGGCAAUACAAACACAAGUAAUAGUCAAGUCAGUCAAUUGGCAAACACGUUGGGUUUAAACACAGUUGGAGUCAAUUCAAACGUUUCAAUGCAGCAACUAGCUAACUCACAACAAAAUCAACAGCAACAGCAAGCUGGACAGUCACAAAAUCAGUCACAAAUUUCGAACAUUCCACAAGUGAACAUUCAAAACAUUCAAACGCUGUUUGGAAGCGAUAAUCCAAAUGGUCCGGGUGCAUCGUUAGGCCCAUUAGGAUCAUUACCAAUGAAUUCACAAGUGCAAGCAUCGAAUGUGCCUGGUACAAAAGACUGGCAUAAUUCAAUCACCCCUGAUCUUCGAAAUCAUUUAGUUCAUAAGUUAGUGCAAGCAAUAUUUCCAACACCAGAUCCGGCCGCAAUGCUCGACAAACGCAUGCACAAUUUAGUUGCGUACGCUAAGAAAGUUGAAGGUGACAUGUAUGAAAUGGCAAAUUCUAGAUCGGAAUAUUACCAUUUGUUGGCGGAGAAAAUCUAUAAGAUUCAAAAGGAAUUGGAAGAGAAACGGCAAAAACGAAAGGAACAACAAAUGCAACAAAUGCAACAAAGUCAAGGCGGUACUACAUCAGCAACGGCAACAACACCACAACAAACCGGCCCAAUGCAAUCGGGCGGCAUUCAAUCGAAUCAGCAGCAACAACAAAUUCGACCAAAUAGUCAAGGUGGAAUGAGUAGCCUGCAAAAUGUAUCGGGCAUUGUGAGCGCACUGCAACGAAAUAUGCCGAUGCAACAGUCACCACUGAUGUCGCAACAAACAUCUCAAAGUCAACUGCCGAAUCUUGACUCCGGCAUGCAACAGAGCACAGCCAAUAUCAAUCAACCGAAUGUUUCCGUUCCGAAUUCGGGCAUUGUAAAUCCGUUGCAACGAAAUAACGUUAUGCACUUACAACAAAUGCAACAAAGAGCAAAUAUGCCACCGAUGCAACAAUCACCGAUGAUGUCACAGCAACAACAAUCAAUACAAAAUCAAAUGCAAAAUAUCGACUCAAAUAUGCCACAAAAUGCUGGCAAUGUGAAUCAGCCAAAUGUUUCGGUUCAGAAUUCCGGCAUUGUAGGCACGCUGAGAGGAAACGCACAAAUGCAGCAACAAAUGGCCAACAUGCUAUCACAACAACAGCAACAACAGGAUCAAAAUCAAAUGUUAGCUAAUCAAAUGACGACCAAUCAGCAAGGAAAUUCGAAUCAAUCAAACAGUAUGCAGCAACAGCCACCGACACCAAACUCACAAAAUCAAUCACAAAAUACACCGCAAACUGUCACACCACAACUCACGCCGAAUCAACAGAAUCAAAUGAUUCCAACGCCACAGCCACCAUCAUUGCCACAACAGAGUCCAUCACCAAAUCGUGGUCCAUCAAGUAAUAUGUCAAAUGGGCCAAUUCCAGUGAAUACACCACAGCAACCGAAUGCACAACAAAUGAGUAGCCCAUCACCGUUGGCAUCGCCAGCCCAUACAAAUACGCCUUUAAUGAAUACGCCUGCCAGUACACCGACAUCGAACGUAAUGACUAUGCAAAAUAGCACAACAUCGUCAUCGUCAAUGGGUAAAUCCGGUGGACCGAACCAAAACGAUCGCACCACACCAAUAUCACGCCCAAUGAAUUUGCCCUCACAGCAAAUGACAUCUGCCUUAGAAUCAUCAUCGCAGGAUCGCGAUGAAGAUUCCCAAUCGCCAAGUGAUAAUAAUAGCAUCAAAGGAAAAUGUGACAUCAAACAAGAACACGACAUAAAAUCCGAAAUGGAUGAAGAAACAAAUCUAAUGGAUACAAAUAGUAAUAACAGUAACAGCAAUUGUGGCGGUAAAAGUAUCAAUAAUGAUAUGGCACCGAGCAUUAAAACGGAAAUAAAAACCGAAGCAAUGGACCAAGGCGACAAUAAUUCAGCCGAUAGUGAAAACGACGAUAUGAAUGAAACAAAAGAUGAAAUGAAAGACGAACCGUUAUCACCGGUUGAAUCAAAACCAAAAGUUGAGAAAAAAUCAACCAUUCCAGAGCCCAUCGAACAAGAUAUGACCGAAAAAGAUAAGAAAAAGAAAUGCCUGUUCAAUCCUGACGAAUUACAAAAGGCAUUGAUGCCAACAUGGGAGAAAAUAUACGUGUUAGAAGAAUCGGCCCCCUUCCGACAACCGGUUGAUCCAAAUCAACUUGGCAUACCCGAUUAUUUCGACAUCGUACGCAAACCAAUGGACUUGAGCACCAUCCACACAAAAUUAACAACUGGAAAAUAUUCAGAUCCAUGGGAGUAUGUGGAUGAUGUUUGGCUAAUGUUCGACAACGCAUGGCUAUACAAUCGAAAAACGUCUAGGGUUUACAAAUAUUGUACCAAGCUAUCGGAAAUAUUCGAGCAAGCCAUUGAUCCAGUCAUGCAACAACUCGGCUAUUGUUGUGGACGAAAAUACACAUUCAAUCCACAAGUGCUGUGUUGUUACGGCAAGCAAUUGUGUACGAUUCCACGAGACGCCAAAUACUAUAGUUACUCUAGCAGUUUUUCGGCUAAUAAUUAUAUCACAAACCGAUAUACAUUUUGCCAAAAGUGCUUCAAUGAUAUUCCAGGUGACACAGUCACACUGGGCGAUGAUCCGAUACAAUCAAGCCAAAUUAAGAAAUCUGAAUUCACCGAAAUGAAAAAUGAUCAUUUGGAAUUGGAACCAUUUGUCGAUUGUCUUGAAUGUGGUCGAAAACAGCAUCAAAUUUGUGUAUUGCAUUUAGAUACUAUUUGGCCGGCUGGUUUUGUGUGCGAUAAUUGUCUCCGAAAGAAAGGCGAACGAAGAAAAGAGAAUAAAUUCAAUGCAAAACGAUUGGCACAAACGAAACUAAGCGUGUACAUCGAAACACGUGUAAAUAAUUUCUUAAAAAAGAAAGAGGCUGGUGCUGGCGAAGUGCACAUUCGUGUGGUAUCCAGUUCGGAUAAAAUUGUUGAAGUGAAACCGGGUAUGCGAAGUCGUUUCGUUGAGUCGGGCGAUUUGAAAGCCGAUUUUCCAUACCGUGCCAAAGCAUUGUUUGCCUUCGAAGAAAUUGAUGGCAUCGAUGUAUGUUUCUUUGGAAUGCACGUUCAAGAAUAUGGAUCGGAAUGUUCGCCACCAAAUACGCGACGUGUCUAUAUUGCGUACUUGGAUUCGGUGCAUUUUUUCAAGCCUCGACAAUAUCGAACGGCCGUUUAUCAUGAAAUUCUUCUCGGCUACAUGGAUUAUGCCAAACAACUGGGCUAUACAAUGGCACACAUUUGGGCUUGUCCACCAUCGGAAGGUGACGAUUACAUUUUCCAUUGUCAUCCACCUGAUCAAAAGAUUCCAAAACCAAAACGACUGCAAGAUUGGUACAAAAAGAUGCUUGAUAAAGGUAUGAUUGAACGGACGAUUCAAGAUUACAAAGAUAUUUUGAAGCAAGCCAUUGAAGAUAAGCUGCAAUCGGCCGCCGAUUUGCCGUACUUUGAAGGCGAUUUUUGGCCAAACGUUCUUGAAGAAAGUAUAAAAGAAUUGGAACAAGCCGAAGAAGAAAAGAAGAAACAAGCGGAAGAAGAGGCUGCUGCCAAUGCGAUAUUCUCACUCAAUGAAGAUCAUGAUCCACCACAAGAAGAUAAGAAAAAGGGACAAAAGAAGGCAAAGAAAUCGAAUAAAUCGAAAGCUAAUCAACGUAAAAAUAACAAAAAAUCCCACGAGCAACAGAGUGGAAACAAUUUAAGCGCAAAAAUCUUUGCGACAAUGGAAAAGCAUAAAGAAGUUUUCUUUGUGAUUCGUUUACACUCGGCUCAAUCAGCGGCUAGUUUGGCACCAAUUCAAGAUCCAGAUCCGCCUAUUAACUGUGAUUUGAUGGAUGGUCGUGAUUCCUUCUUGACACUUGCCCGUGAUAAACAUUAUGAAUUCUCAUCGCUACGUCGAGCACAAUACAGUACGCUAUGCAUGUUAUACGAACUGCAUAAUCAAGGCCAAGAUAAAUUUGUUUACACGUGUAAUAACUGCAAGAACCAUGUUGAAACUCGGUUCCAUUGUACUGUCUGUGACGAUUUCGAUUUGUGUACAAUUUGCAAAGACAAAGUCGGUCACGAGCAUGCAAUGGAAAAGUUGGGCUUGGAUUUGGACGAAGAAUCACCGAACGAUUUGAAGCAAACCAAUCCACAGGAAGCGCGCAAGCAAUCGAUUCAACGAUGCAUCCAAUCGUUGGUUCAUGCAUGUCGCUGUCAAGAGCAACAAUGCCGUCAACCAUCUUGUAUGAAGAUGAAACGUGUUGUGGCGCACACAAAGGUUUGCAAACGCAAAACCAACGGUGGAUGUCCAAUUUGCAAACAACUUAUCGCUUUGUGCUGUUAUCAUGCGAAACAUUGUAACGAAGCCAAAUGUUUGGUGCCUUUCUGUCCAAAUAUCAAGCACAAACUGAAACAACAACAGCUCGCUCAACGUGUUCAACAAGCAGAAUUGUUGCGCCGUCGUGUUGCAUUCAUGAACAAUCGAACGGCCCCAAUGAUGAACACACAACAAGCAGCAAUUUGUGCCUCACAAAAUUCAGCUGCCAAUGUUGGCUUAAUGCCACAAAUGCAAGGCAACGCAAUGUCACAAACUGGAAAAUUAAAUGUAUCACAGUUGCAAGGCGGUCAAAUGGGUAAUCAAAUGAUGAAUCCGAAUACAAUGGCUUCAUUGAAUCCAAUGAAUAAUAAUUCGGGAAUGAUUGGAUCGAAUCCAAUGAUGGGCAAUGCAAAUCAAAUGCAACAACAUCAAAUGAGCGCCGGAAAUAUGAUGAGCACUGGCAUGAACAAUCCAAUGGUAGGAAAUAAUUCAAUGAAUCCGGGUAAUAUGAUGAACGCAAACAAUCAAAUGGUCGGCCAAAUGAAUAACAUGAAUCCAAUGUCAGGAAAUGCUGGAAACCAAAUGCAACAACCAACGCAACAGAUGAACACUGGAAACAUGAUGACAAAUACUGGUUCAAUGAAUGUAAACAAUCAAAUGCCUGGCGGUAUGCAAAUGCAAGGGAAUAAUCCGAUGGGUGGAAAUGUUUCAACGCCAAACAUGUCAGCAAUGAAUACCGGACCAAUGUCUGGAAAUCCAAUGGGAAGCAAUACAUCAUUGGCGAGUCCAGCGUCAGCAGUUUCAUCACCAAUUCCUCACAUGGGCACCAUGAAUAGCUUGGGCAGUCCACUUCAACCGGGAAUGGCAAUGAAACCAGGCGCCCAAACACCACCGGCCAACGUAUUGCAAGUUGUCAAAGAAGUGCAAGAGGAGGCGGCGAGACAAGGAUGUGGCGGUUUCGGGAAGAAUUUACCGGGAGCUGGUUCUAUGCCACCACCACCAGCCGCUUUGCAACGCAUGAAUGUUGGCAUGGGUAUGCAGCAACAAAAUCCCAUGCUAUCGCCACAACAACAGCAAAAUCCACAACAAUCACCACAGCAAGGUCAACAGUCAAUGGUAAAUGCAACUCAACAACCAAAUGCCAUGAAUGUUGGAAAUGCUGGUCCAAGUGGUAAUUUAAUGCCAAUAAACGACUGGAAUUCUCGGUUUCCGAACAAUGCCAAUCAAGGUCUCCGUCCACCGAAUCCUUCGCUUAUGCAACAAAAUGCAAUGCAACAACAACAACAAAUACCACAACAGCAGCAGCAACAACAACAACAGCAAACGCCACAACAGCAACUAAUGAACAUGAGAAUGCAAGGCAUGGGACAAAAUGCACAGAAUAUGAACAAUAAACAAGCAUUACAACAACUAAUGAUGACGCUGAAAAAUCAAAACACAGCCAACAAUCCGGACCAACAACAGCAAAUUCUAAAUAUUCUAAAAUCAAAUCCACAGCUGAUGUCAGCAUUCAUUAAACAAAGACAGGCACAAAAUCAGAAUCCAAAUGCACCUGGCGGAAAUGUACAAGGACAAGGGAAUAUGCAACCAAUGAUGAGCCCGCAACAACAUUCACAGCAACCUCAACAGCCACAACAGCAACAGCAGCAGCAACCUCCGAUGCCCGGCCAAAUGAGCGGCCCUCGAAUGCAAUCGAUGCAAAAUAUACCGUCAAUGCAACAAAUGGGCCCAAUGCAGGGCAAUGCUGGAAAUCAAAUGCAGGGACAAGGACAAACUAAUCCACAACAGCAGCAAUGGUUGAUGAAAAACCAAAUAAUGAUGAGACAGCAGCAAAUGCAAAUGCAACAACAAGGAAAUUAUCCACCGCCAUAUUCGCAACAUUCGCAACGAAUGAGAAUGCCAUUCCAACAAGGCAGCGGAAAUAUUGGAAACGAUCAACAACAAUUCGGUAUGAAUAGAAUGCAACAUAAUCAACAAGGUGUAAUGGGCCCACCAACACCGCAAUCCAUGUCAAUGCAAAAUCAAUUUGCACAAGUUCGAUCACCACCGCCAAAUCGAAGCCCAUCAUCGAAUCCUUCACCGCGCGCACCGCCAUCGGCAUCACCACGUGCACAACCGUCUCCACAUUUAGCAAGUCAUUCGCCAGCCCCACAAAUGGGGGCAAAUCAACAGCCUGGAAACAGUGAUAUGCAUAUGCAUCAACAUCAAUCGCCAAUUUCAAAUAUGCAGACUGACAAUAUGAGUGUACAAGGUGGUAUGGACAAUAUGCAAGCAAUGACAGCUCAAGACCAACUCACGAAAUUCGUCGAACAAUUGUAGUAAUAUUUUGUAUUUUGUUGCCAAUUUAAAUUGUGUGCGCAUAUGGGAUGUAAAAUGAAUUUUUUAUGGGCAAAGAUUCCACAUUUAGUCAAAUUUUAUACAAUUUAAGCCAAAAAAAAUUGAUGAAAAAAAAUAUAUCGACGAAAAUCGUGCGGAUGCAAAACAGAUCUAUAUUUAGGCAAAAAUAGUCUUUUGUCGACUUUGGUGUUCUGCCUUAAAAUUUGUUUCUCAUUAUGAUUAUGAUUAUUAUUAUUGAUUAAUUAUUAUUAUCUAUUCGCUUUAAGUGUAUUUAUUUAAUUCCUUUUUCAAAAACUCAUUUUUUUCCUUCUUUUUUUUAAUGAAUUUUUAUGAUUUCUAUCAACAUAUAUAUAUGAAUAUAUAAAUAUCAUUAUGAUUACAUGUAAAUAAGUAGCAUAUAUAUUUCAUUGAUGCUGAUUCUUUUCCUAAACAAAUAAAAAGAAAAAAAAUUAACGAAGUGAGUUAUGCAUUAAAAGUGAAAUUCAGAUUACAGUUAAACAAUAUUAGUUUCUAUUUAGGUUCGUGUAUAUAAAUUUAAACUAAAAGAAAACCAACAUUAAAAAACAUGAAUUAACCAAUAUACGAAAUGAUUUCAGUUUUUAGAUUAUUAUUAUUUCUUUAUUAACAAAUCUUAACUGAUUAUGCCCAAUGGAAAUAAACAAAACAAAUAUAAACACAGCAUGUGAAAACAUGCAUAAGAUGUGUAAUAAACGAACGAUCUUGUGCAGAACAAAGUAAAAUGUUUUGAAUAAAAAAUAUUGAUCAAAAAGGAAAAUGACCUAUUAGUAUACUACGUUUAUCGUAUAUAUAUAAUUGACGUGAUCUACCAUAUAAAAAAAAAGAAAAGAAAAUAGAGAGAGUAAUAGAACGGCAACUAAUUAUAAUCCAAAAACGACCAAAAUGUAAGGACGUUGUUUUUAUGUGAGUGAAUAGGAAAACAUACGAUUAUGAAAAUUAUUUAAUUAAUGUAUUUCGUUACACAAAACAGACAAAAUAUUAUCUAAAACAAAGUCAUAGAAAUGUUAUGCCUCCAAAACGAAAGGGAAAAUUGAUUCGAUCACGGUGUACGCACACCGUGCAUAUAGAUAAACAAGUGGAAAUACAAUGUGGUUUCAAUUCUAAAUUGAAUCGACAUUUUAUGAACGUUUAGUGAGUACUUAUUGAAGUGAAAAUCGUUGAGAUAGAAAACAAAAAACCACAAACAAACUAUAAUUCCUGUAUUUUGUUAUUGAAAAGGAGAGACGAGAGAACAGAAUUAAAUGAAAAAACAAGCAGUUGUAACUUUGUAUUUUAUAUUGCAUUACAAUUUAGUACAUUUAAUAACGGAUUUAAAACGAAUUGAAUUUAUUAAUCUAUUUGCAAGAAUCGAAAUGAUUGUGAGUGUUAGUGUGCAGUCAUUCCAAAGGCGCCCACAACAUCACGUUGUAAAAUUUAAUCUAAACCCUUAUAUUAAUGAACAUAUUCAUACAAAAAAGGAAAGUGUAAUGUAAAUGAAAAUGAAUUAGCAUAGAAAAAAAACAUAGACAAACUGAUGAAAAAAACACUUUUACUAACUAAAAGUUUCGGCGCAUCAUAAUGAUGGUGAUGCGCAUGGGGGGAUACCUUUAAACACAUUUAUAUUAGGAUCGCGAUCUAAAAAAAUCUUACAUAACCAACAAACACACACACACACACACAUAACACACGUGAAUAUUAAUCAUAAAAAUAAAAUAUAAACUUAUAUAACGCGCAUAGAAUAUUCAAUCAAAAUGAAGUGAGAGAAAAGAAAAAUCAUCAUCAAAAAUAUUUAUACUAAUGGAACUGUACAGAAGUAAUAGAAGAACUACGCGAAAGAGAGAGAGAAAACCACAAAUGAAAAUGAUAUGAUGAAAUCACACCGCGAAUUAUUAGGAACAGUGCAAAUUUGGCACAUUCUCGUCGAAACGAGUACAAACAUACUGUACUCAACUCAUACAAUGGACAUCAAGUAAACUAAAAUAGAUAAACCAAAAGUAGCAUGAAAACGAAACAAGACGAGAAAAAAACAACAAAUGAACACAAAUGCAUAAUAAGAGGGAAAAAAAUCAUUAAUUCAAAUCGUUAUAAUUAUUAUUAUUAAAUCUAUUAUUGUAUUUUUGUUAGGACUUUAAGGACACACAUCUUCUUCCUUUUUCUUUAUUUUCAUUAUCAAACAAAAAAAUAGAUUUCAGUUAUACAUGAUAAACAAACACACACUCGAAAAUGAAAUAACAUUAACCUGUACAUGUAAAGGAGAGAGACAAACAACAACAACAAAACAAAACAAAAAACAAACAAUUUGAAACAAAUUAUGUAAUUAUUAAAAAGUAUACACAUAAUAAAUCAAUUAAUAAAAUUUAAAUAAAAAUGAGUUAUUACAAAAAUAAAAAUACAAAAAAUCGUGUAUAUUUCCACAUGUUUAAUAUAUGGCGCCAAUUUAUUUUUCGACCUUUUACGUUUAUGUGUGUUUGUGAACGACAUAAGAAUCAUAUUUAUAAUCUCAGCUUCCACAAAAUACAGAGACCUCUAUUUUACCAUGUUUUUAAAAGCAUAUAUUUAACUGCGUCAUCAUAUUCUGUUUUCAUUCAAUUCUGGUGUUGUUCCAAUCGGGCACCGGAAAUACACGUAACACACACACACCCAAACCAUGAAAACCGCCAACAUUUCCUUUUGUGGCAUCCAUUCCUUCGCGCACCUUCCUUUUGUACAUUUCAACUUCAAACAUGAGAACGACUAAAUUCUCUUUCUUCUUUCAUGGUGUAACAUGUGGAGAGGAAAAAAAAAAUACACACAUCGAUACAGCCUUAGUCACACACGAAGAUGGCAAAUAACUUUGCUCACUUAAAUUAACCGAUUUAACGAGUUAUUUUUUACCAAGAGAAGAAAUACUUCUUGACUAAUACACAUCCGUUUGCGACCAAUACAUUCUUUAAUUCGUAAUGGAAUUCAAUAUAUCAAUUUUAUUCGAUAAAAAAAUGCAUUUUUGUGUUCAAAAAGUAUCUAAACAUUAUCUAUCUAUUGAAGAAAAAAACAUUGAUAAUAAUUUUUUUUUAAUUUUCGGUCUAUCGAAAUGUAAAUUUUUUAUAGUUGAAUAAACUUAGACACUAACAAAAACCAAUGACCACAAAAAUGUACUUUAAAUCCAAGCUAUUUCAAGUUGAAGUUAUUCAACUGCAUAGGUACUAUUUGAAAAGUUUUAAAUUGUACAAUGUUAUUGUAUAUGGGAAAAUUGUUUUCCUCAUUUAUUUAAAGCAAAGAAAAACAACAACCAAUUUUUAGUCCCACACGAACAAGAAAUUAAAUUAAGAAAACUGCACACUAGACAUUUUUAACUAAUUCAAAUUGAAAAUCCAAUAGGAAGCGAAAAAUAAAUAUAUAUGUUUUAAAUAAUGGCAAAUAACUGAAUGUUAAAAUAAAAAAAAACUCACGAAAAAGCAAACCUUAACACAUUAAGAAUAAAAUUGAAAAUGAACAAAACAACAAUGAAAACACCUCAUAAAUCACAAUAUUUAUGGCUAUAUUUUAAUCAACUUGAUGUAAAAACAAAAUACAUAUGAAAUUUGAUUUUAAGAGAAAAAAAAUGGAUCAGAAAUGAAUUCCGUGCAUAUUGAUUUAGAAAGUGAACAAACGGAAUAGCGUUUAUUAUUACUAUUAUUGCCGGUUAAUCACAUUUUAAGUGUUACACGUAAAAUUAUUAUUAUCAACAGAUUGGAUACAGUAAAGAAAAAAACACAUAUUUAAUUGUAAAGAAAACAGAUAAACGAAUAAAAAACGAGUAAAAUUUA